CAUUCUCACUUCUUGUAAGAACACUUAGUGCAAAGUCAUCGUUAUCGUGAUUGCAUUAAUAACACUGCAUAGUAAACAUCUUUGGGAAUAUUUUCUGAUAUGUUAUCGACACGAUUGACGAAUGAAGGCAGAAUAUACACAAGUUUUUUAGACGUAUUUUCACAGACGAGAACAGUGAAACAUAUAUAAGUAUCAAUAAGCAUGCUAUCGUUAAAUUUAAGAAACAUCUAGAUGACAAUGUGGUUUUAUUUUGUUUUGUUGAUAUCAUUUCUUCAUUCGUCCAUUCAACAAAACUUCCCAGCUAAAGAAUUUUUUAAUGUAUCAGAAUUUAAGUCCGGGUAUCCGUUCCGUUUGUAUCUAUGUACAUCUGAAUUAAUUAAUGGCGAAACUAGAUGCUGUGAUUGCGAUGACACUUGUAUGAAAUAUCGAACAUGCUGCAUUGAUAAAUUAUGGACCUUUAAAGAAGUUCCAUUAAACGAGUAUCUAUUUGGGUUCUUACAAGAGUCUAAGAAACACAAAAAUAUAUCAUGUGCGCAUGUUUUGAGUCAUCCUGCACACACCAGUGACACAUUUUUAAUGGUACAGUCUUGUUUACCUGGAGCUGAUGGAGAUGACGUCGCCAAUUGUGUAUCUCCUGGUUUGGAUAUAAAUAAACACAUGCCAGUUGUGGGAAGUGAUAAAUAUUUAUAUCGAAAUAAAUAUUGUGCUAAAUGUAAUUUUGUUACUUCGUAUAAAAAUUUAAACAUCAAGGGACGGUGUCAAAACGUGUCAUUGCUAUCUGUCAGCAAAUCAAUGUCUUGGGAAAUUUUGUCUAACUUAACUAAAUGUGAGUUUACUUUGGAGAGAAAUGAUCAUAAUUUGCAAUUUAAAGCGUGUACAUUAAAUCCAGAUUGUAAGAGAAUGAAUAAUAAUUAUGAACUGUGCAAAAGUUAUGGUGGAAGUAUCCACUCGUACAAGAAUUACCAUUGCUAUAAAUGUCAAUCUAAACCAAAACUUAUUACUGAUAAAUGCAUAAGUGAUUGUAGAAAGUUACAAACUUGCAACGAUCACAAAGACGACAUUCUGAUAUUCUCAUUUACCCUGACACUGAAAGAGACAAAAGUGAAAGUUAUAAAUUUUAGACAGAAAUUCCCUAUCAGAGAAUUUAUGAACAUACCAUUGAAUCACAAGUUUGAACCAAAAAAAGGGUUGCAACAGUACCUUUGCAGCGGAUCGGGGGAUAAAUGCUGCGAUUGCACCGCAUAUUGCAUGAGCAGAAAACAAUGCUGUAUUGAUAAACUCUGGAAUGAAACACAUCCUGAACCACUGUACACUUACUUAGCUAAAUUUUUAAGCAAAGGAAAGACAUAUGUAGACUAUUCUUGUGAACCAGUUUUACCUUAUGCUAAAUUAAUUAACCAUGACACUGAGUACAGAUUGAUGAUUAAGACAUGUCAUCCUAGUGCAAGUGCAGAUGACCAGAAGUUGUGUCAGAAUCCUCCAAAUUCGUUCAAUUCAACGCUGCUGCCAGUUUUUGGGUCGGAUGAGCGUCUCUACAGAAACUCUUACUGCGCCCGAUGCAACUUUCUUCGAGAAUUUCAAACCAUUAAUGUUACAGCAGAUUGCGGAAGUACAUGGCCAAAUGGUGAAGAUUUUGAGCGCUUGUAUUAUAACUCAACGAUUACUUUGGAUCUUCAGGAAAACUUUCGCCAAUGCAAGUUUUCCUUAGCAAAAUCGAUAACCAAAACAGAGGGAUGUGACAAUAUACCAAAAUGGGAUAGGGAUUGUGCACCUAGGAGUGAAUAUUACGACUUAUGCUCUUCAUACGGGGGUAUCGUGGGGAAAUAUUCAAAUUACCAUUGCUGGAGAUGCAACAACGAACCUGUUCCGGAUACCAUACCUCCACUGAAAACUUGUCCACACAUCAGAUGUCCUGAUUGUUUCACUCAACUACCUCGACCUUGGUCGAUUUUGAUUAAUUUUUCAGGAAAAUCGACAUUUUCUCUUGAUGGAUUUGGCGAGAAAACUGUUUGCAAGAAAAAUACCGUUUUUGACGUCAAAACGUCCAAAUGCGUUACAUUUAUUUGUCUAAAAAACUAUUACCCUGCCAACGGAAAAUGCAUGCGACGUAAAUUAACACCAACAAACAAGCCAAAUAUCACUAACCCUGACUUUGACAACUGCAUUAUGACUCAGAAACACAAACUCUACAUUUUUCUGAAAAACUCAUCUUCUAUCGAUACCAUGCAUGUUGCGUCCACAUUAAGUAAAUUAGCAAACAACUCAGUCUCAUUAAAAAAACAAAGUGAAGAAAAUAAUCGAUUACAAGAAACAGAUGUAUUCUUAACUCAAGAUUUAUUCAAAAUAUUUACGAAUAUAAGUUUAUUAAAACCGUUAUGGAAAUAUGUGGAAAGCUUGGUAAUUGUUAAAGAUACAGGUGGUCAAAUAACAAAAUUAUACGGAUUUGAUGUUUCACGCAUGUUUUCAAAUAGCAGAGUAUGUGCUCAGCCAUACGUAUCCACUAUAAACAACGUCAAUUUCUCAAAAAAUUGCGAUUUAAAUGAACACAACAAUUCUUAUUCCAUUCAAAACAUAUCAAUAUGGAUAACAUUGAAAGAAAAUAAUAUUUCAAGGUUUUACAGCAGUUGUAACAGAUUCCACUUGCAUUCUAAAUGUUUGUUGCGAAGAUUACCGGAAAACAUAACUCUGAAAAAUGGAAAUCUCCACGUCGGUAAAAACACAACAUAUGUAGUUGAACAGUACAUGCCACUAGAGGAUGGUUUUGCUGUUUGUAUUCACACUAACAAACAAAUACAUUAUAAAUGGUUAGAAGAUUUAAGAAAUGUGGAAUACUAUGUCUCUAUUGUUGGAACAUCGCUUAGUAUACUUUCCUACGCUUGGAUUAUAGUCACAUUUAUACUGUUUAAAGAGUUAAGGACUUUACCUGGUUUAAAUACAUUGGGAAUGUGCUCAUCGCUUCUGGUUGCAGACAUUUUCUUCCUCCUUGCGACUACUUCCAACGCGAGCUAUCACCUUUGUCUUUCUGUUGCAAUUUUUCUUCAUUGGAGUCUGUUAGUGUCGUUCACAUGGUGUACAGUAAUAGCUUUUGACUUGGUGUCAACGUUUGGUAGUUUUGUGGUUAUGUCAAGACGAAGUAGCAUGAAGAAAUUCGCACGACGAUAUUUGUUUGUGCUUGCAUUGCCAACUUUAAUAGUGGUGAUAACAGUAACUUUAGAUCAAGGAUCGAAUGUUAAUGUGGGCUAUGGAAUUAAUCAUAUUUGUUGGAUUAAUUAUCUUCAUGCACGAAUUGCAGCUUACAUUGUCCCCAUAUUACUGGCAUUUUUAGUGACGUUGAUUUCACUUUCUUAUACUAUAUAUAAAAUUCAUAACAAUAUUCAAACCAAUCAGAAUGUGUUGAAAAGCGAGUCCAAAAAUGCUUUGAAAACCAUAAAGAUUGCAUUAAAACUGAUUAUCACACUUGGUUUAAUUGAGGGAAUAGGAUUUAUUCAAAUCGUGAAAACGGAUCUUAGUGAACGUGAAUUGGCAGUCAAUGCCAGUUUUGGAUUCGUGUAUUCUUUACUUCGAAGUUUACGUGGUGUUAUGUUGUGGUUGGUGUACAUAUUUGGUGCCAAAGCAUUUUCUAUGUAUAACAAACGUAUUCAGAGUUUUAGAAGAAAGCAUGCGGAAGAAUCUACGCAUUUAAGCACCAAAAGUACAGGACUUAACUUGUCUAAUGGGGGAAUACAUGGUGUAACCGUUGCAGAUUCCAAACAUUAAGAUUUUUAGAUUUUUGCAAUUUAUUCAAAAUACCUACACAUGUUUUUAACAAUGUAUUUUGCAUGAACUUUGUCUCCAGGUUUUUUUGCCUUGUUGACAUCAAGGCGGGCGGCGAAAUUUUGUUUAGCCGUCGAGUAAGCGCCAGCGGCUUUGGUAUAGGCGACAAACACUAAGGAGGAGGAUGAUUUUGCAUCUGCUUUCCAAUCCCAUUUUAAUAAUUUACUGAGAAUACAUUAUUACAGAAUACAUUAAUUGGUUUUUAAAUUUAUAGGUGCUUAUGAAAUGAAAUGCUUUUGCCAAUGUAUUAUAGUUUCUUUGCUGCAUGUGUAAUGUGAGUUAACUCUCUCCAUUAUCGUCUACAAGCCUAGCUACCUUUCAAUAUGACCAUUACACAAUUUGUGAAUUUUUAUUUGCUGACCAUACAUAAACAAAAUACCAUGCAGCUGGAUGUUUAUUUAUAAGCAAUUAAUUUGAUUUGAUUUUAAUUUUAAUCUCAAUUGUAUAAGGAAAGUUUAAUUUUCACUUGAAAGUUGUGGAAAUAAAAUGUUACUCCUAAUUUUCAAACUUUUUUGUUAAGAUGAUGACAUUAUUUUUAAAUUGUACCUCAAUUUUAUAAUUUAUCUGAAAGAGAGACUUUUAAUUCUUCUAACUAUCAGAUUAUUUGUAUCGUUUGACAACUGACUAGUUUUUUGACCCAAAGCUUUUUUUUCGCGAUUAAACCAUUUUAAUGUUUUUUUUGAAGAAUUAUUUUCAAUAAUUUAGCAUUAUUUCGGAUUUUUAUUUGAUUUCAGACCUAUUUAUUGAGAUAAGAAAACCUUAAAUUGAACUUUCUCAUAUAACAGAGGGUGGAUAUUAUUUUUAUCAACUGCAAAAUAGAAAAUUUUAAAAGGUAAACUAGAGCAGAAGAAACAAAAAUAUCUUUUUCUGUUUUUUUCAAAAUUUUUGCGAAGAUAUUUGCAACGAAUAUGUAAUUUCUAUUAAUUUUGCGAAUUCACCUUGCCGGAAAUUAUUCGCGUAAAUAAAUUUUCGCAAAUAUGUAUCAAUUAAUUUUUGCAAAAUUUAAAUAAGUUAAUGUAAUUAGCGUCCCGAGAAUUAUUAAAAUAGCAUGGUCUCUUUUUUAACUAUUUUUAAAAUAAUUUUUAACCUAUUGCAUGCAUACUCUUUGUUAUAUUUUUGAUGAUUCAAAUUUUUUCACGUUAAUAUGUGGCGAAAAUGACACUGAUUUGCAAUUAUAAUUUAAACGCAUUUCAGGUUAAAAAUAAAUUAAACAAUAACCGAAAUAAUGAAGAGGGGUGAUUCAUUUCGAAAACUGCUUAGAGGAUCAUUUUUUAAUGCUUUUAUAAGCAUAAAAAGUUAAAUCUCUUGUUAGAGCCU